AAGUUCGCAACAUUGCUCACUCUUCCAGAAUUGAACUGCAUGACGGGCGAAUUGUUUUAGUGAAUUUUGUGUUAAAUAUCAAUAAAAAUGUCCACAAUUGCCGCUCCUUUAUCUGUCGCAGGGACCAGAAGCUCUGGAGCCCCGGUCAGGACACAAAAUGUAAACGCCGCAGCUGCGAUAGCAAACAUAGUGAAGAGCUCGUUGGGUCCCGUGGGUCUUGACAAGAUGCUGGUGGACGACAUUGGAGAUGUCACAGUCACAAAUGAUGGUGCUACUAUUCUAAAGAUGUUGGAGGUGGAGCAUCCUGCAGCUAAAGUGUUGGUAGAACUGGCACAACUGCAAGACGAGGAGGUCGGAGAUGGCACCACAUCUGUUGUUAUUAUUGCUGCUGAACUAUUAAAGAAUGCAGAUGAACUGGUCAAGAACAAAAUCCACCCUACAAGCAUCAUCUCAGGCUACCGGCUAGCAUGUAAGGAAGCCGUGAAGUACAUCCAGGACAACCUCACGGUCACUUUGGAGUCGCUGGGCCGCGCCUCCAUCAUCAAUGCCGCCAAGACCACGAUGUCCUCCAAGCUUAUUGGAGCUGACGCAGAUUUCUUCUCAGAAAUAGUAGUGGACGCGGCAAUGGCCAUCAAGAUCACGGACCCCAAAGGCAACGCCGCGUACCCCAUCAAGGCCGUGAACAUACUGAAGGCGCAUGGGCGCAGCGCCCGGGAGAGCGUGCUGGUCAAGGGCUACGCCCUUAACUGCACCGUUGCGUCGCAGGCCAUGCCCAAAAAGAUUGUCAAUGCCAAGAUCGCCUGCUUGGACUUUUCGCUGCAGAAAACGAAGAUGAAGAUGGGUGUCCAGGUGCUAGUAUCAGACCCUGAAAAGCUUGAAGCCAUUCGAGCCCGCGAGCUCGACAUCACCAAGGAGCGGCUCCAGAAGAUCCUGGCUACGGGCGUGAACGUGAUCCUGUGCACGGGCGGCAUCGACGACCUGUGCCUCAAGUACUUCGUGGAGGCCGGCGCCAUGGGCGUGCGCCGCUGCAAGAAGACCGACCUCAAGCGGAUCGCCAAGGCCACGGGCGCUACCUUCCUCACUUCACUCACCAAUAUGGAUGGCGAGGAGGUAUUCGAGCCCAGCAUGAUCGGAGAAGCUGCCGAAGUCGUACAGGAACAGAUUUGCGACGAUCAGCUGAUUCUUAUCAAGGGCCCCACGGCGCGCACGGCGGCGUCCAUCAUCCUACGCGGGCCGACGGACGCGUAUUGCGACGAGAUGGAGCGCUCGGCGCACGACGCGCUGUGCGCCGUGCGUCGCGUGCUGGAGUCCGGCCGCCUGGUGCCCGGCGGCGGCGCCGUCGAGGCCGCGCUCUCCAUCUACCUGGAGAACUUCGCCACCACGCUGAGUUCUCGCGAGCAGCUGGCGAUAGCGGCGUUCGCGCAGUCGCUGCUGGUGAUCCCCAAGACGCUGGCCGUCAACGCGGCGCGCGACGCCACCGACCUCGUAGCCAAGCUGCGCGCCUACCACAACUCCUCGCAGACCAAGGUGGAGCACGCGAACCUGAAAUGGGUAGGUCUGGACCUGACGGAGGGCACGCUGCGCGACAACCUGGCGGCCGGCGUGCUGGAGCCCGCCAUCUCCAAGGUGAAGUCGCUCAAGUUCGCCACCGAGGCCGCCAUCACCAUCCUGCGCAUCGACGACAUGAUCAAGCUGGACCCCGAGCAGUCCGCCGGCAAGUCCUACCAGGACGCGUGCAACGCCGGCGAACUCGACUAAACCACACGCUGGUGUAUUGUCUCGGUCAUUCUUCAUUACAAGGGAUUUUUGCAGGUCAAUUACCAUGAGCUGGCACGAAUGGAAUGAAUGAGUGAAUGAAAAUAUCUAUGUGUAUAUCACAUUAACCAAUUAAAUGCUGACUGUAUACCGACACGGGUGUCACUUAUACAAUGAACGUUUCGUUCAUUUCAUUCGUGCCAGCUUUCGUGAAUCAACCUGUACUCGUCAUCAAAUAUAUUGUACGGUAUAUUUUCUGCAUUCAUGUUGAUAUUUGUUGAUGGCGUCAGUACUUCUAUGUCAAAUGGCUGAUGUUAUCAUCUGCUAGUAUUAUGUUUUGUUCUUUUGAGCCAGUUAAAGUUGAGCUUUAUGUUAGCCCUCGAACUUUGCAUCGGGCCUCAUGUCACGAUAUCCUCAGGCGUGCAUUUUAGAUAUGUCAAUGUUGCUUUCUUAACAAUUAAAUUGCAGUAGACUUACUUUAACUCCUCUUCUUUUAAGUUCAGCAUCUCACGACUAGAUAAUGGAAGUUUGAAAUAAAAUUAGAAGUAUUUUUGUACAAAAAAUUACUGAGAUCAUUAAUGUGAAUAUUGAUUACAGACAGAAUUUGCUUGAAUGAUUAAGAUGCCUGAAUGUGUUGACAUGUUAUACGAAUUUGAGGAUACAAGUUAUCAGGGUUUACGUUAAAAUAUCCUUGAUUCCUUUUCACUUCAUGUAUUUCAAUGAUACAUGUUUAGACUACCCAGGAUUUAAAAAUACUAAAAAGUACCAAAUUUAUAUUAAAGAAGAAUAAAAUAAGGCAGGACCAUGUAUGAAUAUUUUUAAUUCAGCUUCAUCUUAUUGUUGUAAUGACAACGCCAAUUAUGUUAAAAAUGAAAUUAAAUAUUAUCAGACAGGUAUUUUAAGUAGUCCUAUUUUAAUUUGUCAAUGAGUCACAGCCACAUAUGUUCAGGUUGUGUAUCUAAAGGUAUUAACACCAGUUUUAUUUAUGUCAACCAGUUUAUGGUUGUAUUGCUUUCACUUAAUGCUAGAUAAUGUUGCUAGACGUGUCUUAUGUACUACUUAAACAAUAAAAAUAAUUUUAAUACUAGUUAUUUAUAA